GGAGGGGGGGAGAGGGGACGGAGGAGAGUCCAUCAGGGAGGUGGAAUAAAAGCCGUUGGUCGGGUGUCUACCUUUCCUGCGGCGGAGGAAUGGAAUGAUCCAGGAACUCUAUCCUCCUCGAAGAGACGCUCAAACUUUAUGUGGAGAAAUGGCGGCUUGAAUUUAAAGGUUAAAAAACACAAGAACGGAGUUUAAUCAGGCUUAUUUAUUAAUUAAUAAUGUCGUCGGAGGUGACGUUAGUCAGGAAUGAACUUUUGGAAGUUGACAUAUGUGACCGCGGCGUGUGCUCCGAGGACGAGAGCGGCGUGUUUGUGAACUCCGCCGCCCCCCCGCAGGAUGAGUUCUCCGGCUUCCAGCAGUGGACGAGCCCGGCCGAGCCUCCGGAGGACACAUCACCACCACCGGAGCAGGUCCACACCGAGCAGGCAGCUCCGAGAACAGCCGCAGACAGCGACUCUGACUCCCAGGGAGAUGGACUGAAAGCCCCGAGGAGCUCCAUCGUGGACUGCCUGCUGGUGGAGCUCUACGACACGUACAGCGGAGGCAGCAGGAGGAACGCGGACAGCUGGGACAGCUCCACGGAGGCGUCCGGCUCCGAUGCCUUCCUGGGCCGCAGCAACUCCGGCUCCAGCUUCCUCCAGGAGCUCCAGGAGAAACACACCAGGAGGCAUCAGAUGAACUACCUGGCCCAGAAAGCCCCGGAGGAGCUGCACUCCAUCAUCCAGGAGGUGAAGUAUCGCUCGGGCCUGCAGUCGGCCAAGCUGAUCCGUCAGCUGAGGAGACGGGACCGACUCUGCCACAAGCUGCAGAAGAACUACGACAUCAUCACGGCGUGCCUUCAGGCCGUCUCGCAGAAACGACGUGUUGACACAAGGCUGAAGUUUACCAUCGAGCCAUCGCUGGGAAAGAACGGAUUCCAGCAGUGGUACGACGCCCUAAAGGCCGUGGCUAGACUCCCUACUGGGAUCCCAAAGGAAUGGAGGAAGCGGGUUUGGUUAACGCUGGCAGAUCAGUACCUCCACAGUAUCUCCAUCGACUGGGAGAAGACGCUUCGUUUCGCCUUUAACGAGCGUAGCAACCCGGACGACGACUCCCUCGGCAUCCAGAUCGUCAAGGACCUGCACAGGACGGGCUGCAGUUCUUACUGCGGCCAAGAGGGGGAGCAGGACAGGGUGGUGCUGAAGAGGGUGCUGCUCGCCUACGCCCGCUGGAACAAAGCGGUCGGCUACUGUCAAGGGUUCAACGUGCUGGCUGCCCUCAUACUGGAAGUCACCGAAGGCAACGAGAGCGACGCUCUGAAGGUGAUGAUCUAUCUGAUCGACAAAGUGCUGCCGGAGAGUUAUUUCGCUAACAACCUGCGAGCGCUGUCAGUGGACAUGGCGGUGUUCAGAGAUCUGCUGCGUCUGAAGCUGCCCAGACUGUCCCAACAUCUCCACCACCUCCAGAAAGCUGCCAACAAAGAAGCCGGAGGCAGCUACGAGCCUCCGCUGACCAACGUGUUCACUAUGCAGUGGUUCCUCACCAUGUUCGCCACCUGCCUGCCUGCACCCACCGUGCUGAAGAUCUGGGACUCGGUGUUCUUCGAGGGUUCGGAGGUGUUGUUCCGGGUCGCCCUCGCCAUCUGGGAGAGGCUGGGAGAGAGGAUCGAGUAUUGUCAGACAGCAGAUGAGUUUUACAGCACGAUGGGUUGCCUCACGCAGGAGAUGUUGGAGCACAACCUCAUCGAUCCUUCUGAGCUCAUGCAGGAGGUUUACUCCAUCGCAGUGUUUCCUUUCCCUCAACUGGCCGAGCUGAGAGAGAAAUACACCUACAACAUCACUCCGUUCCCUACCUCAGUCAAAUCCAACGGAAGCGGUGGUCUGGGCAGCUGGGAGAGCGACGACGACGCCGACAUGGAUGAUGAAGACUCCAUGGUGACGGCGCUCGGUUGCCUGGGUCCCCUGGGCGGCCUGCUGGCCCCCGAGCUGCAGAGGUACCAGAAACAUCUGAAAGACCAGAGAACGGAGCAGGGGAACAUCGCAGAGCUGAGCCCAGGAGCGGUGGGAGCUGCAGGGGCAGGAGGUGGUGGAGGCGGCGGAGGAGGAGCAGGAGGAGGAGGAGGAGGAGGAAAGGGCGCCAAGGCGGAGCAUCAAGCAGCGAUCAACAGCAUGAUGAUGGAGAGAAUGAGCACCGACAUCUACGCCCUGAAGAAGCAAUACACCCGCAUCAAGAGGCGGCAGCAGCAGCAGGCUAUGCAACUCUACAUACGCACAGGACUUGGACCUGGAGUGGCCACAUAUCCAGGGAUUCCUCAGGAGCAACGCAACAAUCAGAGCGACAGUACCGGCCCCAACACUGACGACAAGUGCCCCGCCACCCGUGUCCUGCCCUCCCAACUCAACCCCACCAGCUCCGUAGUCAACCACCUCCUUCUGGGUCGGAAACCACGCGGAGGGAGCUCCAGGCUCCCAUCCACUAGCACAUCCACGCUACCAGGGUGCCGACCCACUUCUCUGUCCCAGAGUCAGGGCUCCCCAGCCAGGCAGCGCUGUGGCUCACUGCCCUCCAACAGCAGUGGAUCUCCGGGGAGCUCUGUAGGAGGCGCGGGGUCACCCUGGCGGGCUCACGUCCGGGUACAUCGAAGGAACAUCGCCAGGGCCCGAGCACAGCUGGGCUUUGGGGAUUCAGAGGAAAGGGAAGACGAUGAGAAGGAGGAAGGAGAAUCGAGAUAUAAAGGUGAGGAGGAGAGAAAUGAUGAUGAGGAGCAGAUAGAGGGGAGUGACUACUCUGUGUCUCCAUCUCCUGGUCCCUCUGGUCCAGGGUCGGUAUGUGAAGAGGCUCCACAGGUUGGACAUGAGACAAAAGAAGCAGAAGUUGCAGAGGUGGUGGUGCAGCUAGACUCCCUGGAUCUAGAGGACGAAUCAGACAACGCACAACCAGAUACACAACCCACACCACCAGAGUCUAGACCUGAACCCAGAGUCCCUCUCCUCCCUCCUCCUCCGUCCUCCAACAGACACAAAGAAUCAGAUUCAUUGGGUUCAGAAAGAAACACCGGCUCCAACAGACAUUCCCCCUCCAUCGCUUCUUCCUCAUCGUCCGUCCAAAGUCCGUCCCCCUCUCUGGGUCCAUCCUGCUCGUCCUCUCCGACACCACCCUCCACUCCAACACCGGGUUCCACAUCCCGCCUCCCCUCAUCCCACUCAGCUAACGGCCUCUCCUCGCUCCCUCUUGCCGCGCCCUCCACCUUUUACAAAACGUCCUCCCCCUCCACUCCCUCGCUUUCCUCCGUCUCCUCGUCCUCCAGAUCUCACAUGUCCUCCUCCCCGUCCACCCCGGCGUUCACUCAGAAGCAGCAGGUCUAUUCCCCGUUCCCCAGCGUGAAGCAGCCCAGGAAAUCGGCGGCAGCCAGAAACCUCGGCCUCUACGGUCCCACAUCCAGAACACCCACAGUCCACUUCCCUCAACUCAGCCGCAACCUCAACCGCAGCAGCGGUGCCGGCACCACCGGGAGGCGAUGAAGACCCUCUGCAACCUCCUGAACUGAUGCCACAGACACACAAUGUUGUUACAUGAUGUGAAAAAUCACUCUUAUAGCUACACCGUGUUGCCUCCUGCAGAUCAAGAAAACAGCCCACAUCUUAGGAAGUAGUUUGAAAACUGUAGAAAUGUGAAGUUCAGAGGUGUGUAGAAGAUUGUGGUUCCCCUGAUGAAGGCGCCAUCAAGUGUAAAAGAAAUUUCUUCAUGUUCUGUUUCAUGUUUCAUCUGUAAAGCAGAACUGUUACAGUAUCAAGCCCUUUACAGUGACCUAUGCAGGUCCUUCUAAUGUGAUUAAAGACAUAAGAAGUUAACUUUGUUUUUAGGACUCAACAGUUUGUGAACCUUCUCCUUGGACUGGACCAUGAAGACACUGGCGUGGACAAAUGCUUCCCUCUGAUGAACUACAUGUUUCCCUUUGAGAACACACAAUAGCCAUCCAGUUGUUUCUAUGCCAAGUAUUUAAAGAAAAUAAACCCACGAAACCUAAGUCUCUGUAUACGAAGAAUCAUUAAAAAACCCAAAUCUUAAAUCUUUUAAAGUGACGAAGCACUUAACGUUUCUCAUUCUGUAUCUGCACUCUGUCUGUAACUUGUCUGUUGAACACGAGGAAUGUCAUUAAAAGCGUGAACGGGGAGCGCUUACUCCCAUGUUGGCCACGUUUUUUUUUUGAGUGUGAAUACUGUGUAAAUGAAAUGAAAUGUGGCAAAUCUAAAUAUAAAGGAAUUUACCAUAUCAAAUGAGGCU